AUGCCUCCUCCCCCCGACCAGAAUGGGCCUGAUGGCUCAUCACUUAAACCCGUCUCGUCCCUCCGAGCCAAGUUCGAGAAUAUGAACAAGGGCGAAUCCGCGCCUGGCCCCUCCCCGCCCCGAACCAUCUCUCCGGGUCCGAAGCCGGAAUUCCUUCAGAAUGCAAAGUCGUCAACCGAAAGCCUUCCGAUCCCCCCAAGACCUCGAGAGCGUACGAGUAUUUCGACCCCUUCGCUUCCGCCCCCGUUGCACGAGCCGGUUCCACGCUCGCCCGGCCGUUCCCUGGGCGUGCCACCCACUUUGAAGCCAGAACCCGUGAAAGCUCCGUCCGUCAUGGUUGAGCCUCCUCAGUCUCCGCCAAAGAACACCAUCGCUAGAUUCGCGCAUGCCGAAACCCCGGCUUUUCUGAACGCAGAGUCCGGCGCAUCGACUCCGACAACUCCGACGACUUCGCGGCAGUUCAAGAUCCCGAGUCGGCCCCAUACCCCCUCCCUCGAACCGAACCGCCGCUCUCCCCGACUUUCGGCCUCCCAACCGCCCUCUCCGCCGCCGCCGAGAAGAUCCGGCGAGGUUCGGAGGGAAAACAAGCCUGCUGUGCCUCCGCCCAUCAACCGGGCUGAGAAGCCGUCAAUGCAAAACCAGCCGAGGCCUUCAUUCUUCGCGGACCAUGUUGUCGCUGCUCCCGGCAGGGGCAAACUGAAGCCGGAGACCUCGCCAUUCAGCAGCCCGCCGAGCAGCCCCGAACCAGCCCCUCCAGUGCUUCCCACAAGACCAAAAGCGCCUGCUGUGCAAUCGGAUCCUCCGCCGCAGCAGCAAAGGGGAAGGACAUUGGAUGUUGGAUUCGCACCUCCGCCUGUACAUCACUCGAUCAUGACCAAGAGGAACCAGCGGGAACAGGAAACGAAUGGCUUCGUCAAAGGCCAGAUCACGCCCCAGAUUACCGGCGAAGCUCGACCCUCCGUGCCCGCACUUCCCGCGAGACCACAAACGAUCGCCGCCGAGCCGCCGCCACGACCUCUUUCAAUGACAAUGAAACCGCCCCCGCGACCUCCCAGGCCUGGCGUCAACACCCAUUCAAUCUCCGAGGCUCAACCUCCGCCUAAACGUAUUGUCUCGACCCCUACAACCCAUCUUCCUCCGCCUACCCGGUUACCUGGACGUGCGAAUACGGUGACUGACAGAAUAUCAGAGAGGUCUGCGCCACGCCCGGCACCCCCACAGCAUCCUCCUCCUCCAGCGCAUCCCGUGCAACCCGUGCAAUCCAUAUCACCACCCCAGCCGCCGCCCGAACCAACCACCGCCUUGAUCCCGUCGAGCAGCAAUUCCAAGGUCGAAAUCAACGGCUCGACCCAAAGCUUCCCGGACCCCUCCAAUGUGAAUCGGAGACCACCAUACAUCAAGCAAGGUAUGCACGAAAUUCAGACCAAGUACGACCCCAGGACAUUUGAUGUUUGUGGCGACCUCAUCUGCACGACCGGCCAUUUGACUCGUGUUUGGAGUUUGCGCGAUGGUGAGCUGCUCAUGAGCUUUGCGCAUGGUGAAGGUAUCAAAGCUACAGCAGUGGCCUUCAAACCCGGGAAUAACGUAGACGAGGAAGGCCAGCGGUUGUGGAUUGGCAACAAUUUCGGCGAGCUCAUGGAGGCAGAUAUCGCAACCCAGAGUGUGAUUGCGACCAAGCCGAGUGCUCAUGGCCGUCAUGAAGUUAUUAAAAUCUACCGCCACUAUAAUGAGCUGUGGACGCUGGAUGAGACUGGUGGGCUACUCGUUUGGGGUCCGGAUGAGACCAGCACGCCUAAUUUGACGAAUAACUCACAUCAAGCAUUCCGGUUACCCAAGGCUCAUACGUUCUCCAUGAUCAUUGGGGAUGAGUUAUGGCACGCAACCGGCAAAGAGAUCCGCGUUUUCGCACCCACGUCCGAUGGACAGACGCAAUUCCAGGUUUUGGUGAGGCCCCUGCUUCAAGACACCGCUGGAGAAGUCACCUCGGGCUGCCAAGUGCGGUCACAGCCUGGUAAGGUCUUCUUCGGCCACGCCGACGGCAAGGUCUCGAUCUAUAACACUCAAGAUUUCGCUUUUCUCGGCCUCAUCAACCUGAGCUCGUGGAAGAUCAACUCUCUCGCGGGUGUUGGCGAUUAUCUCUGGGCGGGUUUCAACACAGGCAAAGUCUGUGUGUACGACAUGGCAACGACACCUUGGGCUGUUAAGAAGGACUGGCAAGCGCACGAUAAAAACCCGGUUGUGAGGCUCGCGGCGGACACUUCCAGCGCAUAUCGCAUGGAUCGUCAUCAAGUCGUCUCUCUCGGUGCAGACAACAUGCUCCGCGUCUGGGACGGCCUCCUCCAAGACGAUUGGCACGAGACUGAAAUGAAAGGAAUGGACACGCAGUAUUGCGAAUUCCAAGAUCUCAAAGUCUUGGUUAUGACAUGGAACGCGGGCGCAUCAACACCUCACAGUCUCCGGUAUGCAGACGAAGAUGCCGAGUUCAUCAAGAGUCUGCUACAAGCAAACAGCUCGCCGGAUAUUUUAGUGUUUGGUUUCCAGGAACUUGUCGACUUAGAGGACAAGACGGCAACAGCCAAACGCUUUCUGAAAGUCAAAAAGAAGGAGGGUUCAGACCAAGAGCGGAUGAGCCAUCAAUAUCGCGAUUGGAGAGACUUCCUUCUCAAGAGCCUUGACGACUACAUGCCGCCUGAUUGCCUGUAUCAUUUGCUGCACACUGCAACUCUUGUUGGGUUGUUCACCUGCAUCUUUGUCAAGUCGACGCUUAGAGAUCGCAUUCGAAACUUGAGUGCGUCAGAGGUGAAGCGCGGUAUGGGAGGACUCCACGGCAACAAGGGUGCCAUAGUCGUUCGGUUCAUGGUUGACGACUCAUCUCUUUGCUUCAUCAACUGCCAUCUGGCUGCGGGUCAAUCUCAGGCCAAUAGCCGUCACAACGACGUGGCAGCUAUUCUCGAAGCGCAGAUUUUGCCCCCGGAACGAGACCCGAGCACACGUAUCGACAGCUUCAUUGGCGGUGGAGAUGGCACCAUGAUUUUGGAUCACGAACUGUGCUUACUGAAUGGUGACCUCAACUACCGCAUUGAUACCAUGUCUCGAGAUACCGUGGUCAUUGCUGUCAAGCAGAACAACUUGGCUAAGUUGCUGGAACGAGACCAGCUGUUGGUGGCCAAGAGGAGAAACCCAGCAUUCAAGCUUCGAGCCUUCGACGAGAUGCCGAUCACAUUCGCGCCAACCUACAAGUACGACGUCGGAACUGACAAUUACGACACAAGUGAGAAAAAGCGUUCGCCCGCUUGGUGCGAUCGCCUCCUAUACCGUGGAGGGGGCAGGAUAAAGCAGAUCGACUACAAACGUCACGAAGUCCGCGUUUCCGACCAUAGACCUGUUACGGGAAGAUUCAAAUUCACGGUCAAGAAAAUUCAGCCAAAGGCUCGUGCCAUGGCUUGGAUGGAUUGCCAGUCAAGGUUCGAGGACCUCAGACUGAGCGAACUCAACGAUGACAAGAUGGCAUACUUGACCAAUGUCAUCGGAUACGACGAAGCCACGGCUCGGAGUAUACUGAAUCCUAGAAGCGACCGCAGCCCGAGCAGGAACCGGGAAGCAUAG